GAUCAGGGCUAGGAGAUUCUACAUCCUUGUUAAUCAGCUGUCAUUUUCCACUGAUUUUAGGAAUAAAAUAUGGGUAGGGUUAGGUUAAGGGGUAGGGAUUGGACUAAGUCUAUAUUUUUGGACAUUAAUGUUGAUCCAUUUCAUUCAUUCCUUCAACUGGACUUCAUUAGUGAACUAAUGUAGGGAAUAGUUAAUGAGAGUAUAAUAGCGAUUUGAACACAGUUCUUGAUUAGCUUGUUUCAGGUGCGUUUAAUUAGGGUUGGCUCUAUAGUCUGCUGGGACAGCUGCCCUCCAGGAACAGGUUUGGACACCCCUGGACUACAUUAUGUGCCUGGAUAUGACCAGUUAUUAGGCUUUUUCUCAUCACUUGACCACAAUUUUGGUUCUGUGUGUAGUUGUAGUGCAACAUUAUUACCUCUAGGAAUAAGAACUGAAUUUUCUAAAUAGGUGACUUAAAUCUUAUGAUUUGGUGAAAUCAUUUUGAGGUUUCUUGGCUGUAUCUAGUUGGUACAAUCUGUAAAGAGCACAGAUCUACCUAAUGGAUUACAGCUCAGUGGAGUGUUGAAGAAUUGACAUGUUUUUGUAGACCAACCUGGUUUCAACACUCAAAGUUUAGUCUUUACUUUUAAAGAAUUAGCUAAAGAAGAGGAUGGAAAACAUAAAUAAACCAGCACAAAGAUGAAAACAAAUUGUCCUGAGACGUCGAGCUACGCUGUAUGUGGUGAACCUCCUGAUUCCCAGCAGCUUCCUGCUUUCUGUGGAUCUCUUCAGCUUCCUACUGCCUCCUCAUAGUGUGGACCGUGCUUCCUUCAAAAUGACCCUCAUCUUGGGUUACACCGUCUUCUUGCUGCUAAUGAACGACCUGCUGCCUGUCACAGGAAACAACUUACCACUCAUAAAUGUGUUUUUCUCACUCUGUUUGGCCUUGAUGGUAGCAAGUCUCCUUGAGACCAUCAUCAUCACCAAUAUCAUGUAUGGUUCCCGUGACUUACCUCCCUUACCCAAGUGGCUCAGGAUUCUGGUCCUGAAAUAUCUUGCUCGACUUGCUUGUAUGAAGAAAUCUUGUGAUAAACACCUUGAAGCGAACACAUCUGAGAGCACUUUCUACAAAAACACCAUGACUGAUAACGCCAUGACUGAUAUUCCAAAGGAAGAAAGAGUUAUUGCAAGUCCAGGGAGAGGCUGGGAGCAUUGCCUUGAUGAAAUGAAGAAGAUGAGUAGGGAUUUAUUGACCAUCCGUCACCAAGUUGAAGAGCACUUCAUUAACGGCAACAGAACAGAUGAUUGGUUCAUGCUUGGUCAGGUCAUUGACCGUGUGCUCUUUAUAAUGUAUAGUCUCUUUAUUGUUGUGAGUUUGAGCACAAUUAUGGUUCUGUGGCUAUACUCAUACAGUCUAGACAAAAGGUCGUGAUUUAUUUUUGCCUGCUCUGUAAACUCAUGACACCAAAAUAUCAGUCACUCUGAUGAUGUCAUGGUUUAUUGCUGAUGUAAUUAAAUGGAUCUUCAACAAAAUAGUUUAGGUUUAUACUCUUUAUUGGACCUUUAAAGGGAUAGUUCACCAAAAAAAAGUACACAAUGACAGAAUUUUUGGGUGAACUAACCCUCUAAGUGUCCCAAUACUUAAAAUUCCAUAGACGAGCUCUGGAACAUAAAAAUAAAUAAAUAAAUAAAUAUAAAAAAAUAAGUUAAUAUGUAGAAUCUGACAUUCUGUUGUAUCU